AUGGCGGAGGACAACAUUUCUCAUUAUCGCUCAUCAUUACGCAACAGUCGUCUAUCACAACUCAUUUCUAAACCUAGAGAUGUUAAAAAACCACAUGGAUCAGGUCCGUUGGAAUCGACAACUGAAUUAGGUUAUCUUGAUUCAUCUCGAAUUUAUGUUGAUGGUCAAUACUCGGGAUUGGGUUCAGAACUAAUCUGUUCGAUUUGUCACAAUGUUUUGUGGAAGCCAGUAGCUUGCUCUACUUGUGAAAAUGCUUUUUGUGUUAAAUGCAUUCGAUCAUGGACUGAUAAACAGAUUGAUUAUCGUGCCACAUGUCCAUUCAAUUGUGUAUUCAAAGAAAAACGAGUUCCACCUAUUCUGAAUAGUUUAUUGUCCAAACUUCAAUUUUAUUGUGCUUAUGCUUCGAAUGGUUGUGAACAAUUACUUCCAUAUGAUGCUCUAGAAAAACACGAAGAAACAUGUUCAUAUGAACGAAUACCAUGUGGAAUUUGUGAAAAACCUAUAUCAAAUCGAGAUCCAAACAAUAAACAUGAACUUCGCGAAUGCUUUAAAGACAUGCAUGAUAGAAGUCCUCAACAAAUUCAGGCACAAUUUAUGAAGUUAUUGGAUGUUAUCGAAGCUAGUCAACGGCGCAUUGAAGCACUUGAAAAACUAGUGAGCAUUCCCAAACAAAGAAAAUAA